GGAAAGAGUACAGAUUGGAAUCCAACACUCCUUACGUUAAAGAAUUAUGGUCCCAACUUCUUAUUACAUAUAGUAGGAUAAUAAUAGCAUACAUAUUGGAAUCUUUUUCGUGCACUUGUGUUGUGUGUGAAACAUGGAGCAUUCGGAGAGCUAUAUAACUCCGGUGUCGUCUGAGCCCAGGAAGCCUGCUCCGGACACACUCACGUAUGAACAGACUGAUGAGGUGAAUGAUUCUCCAAUUGAGCAAGUCCGACUCACAGUCUCAAUAACGGAUGAUCCAUCGUUACCAUGCUUGACCUUCCGGACAUGGGUUUUGGGGCUCACUUCUUGCGCUCUUCUGGCUUUCUUGAACCAAUUCUUUGGUUAUCGCCAGAAUCCACUAUAUGUAUCCUCUGUUUCAGCCCAAAUUGCGGUACUUCCCAUUGGAAAGCUUAUGGCUGCAUAUCUGCCCAACAAAUCCAUACGCAUUCCCGGAACCAAAUGGUCCUUUUCGUUAAAUCCGGGGCCUUUCAACUUGAAAGAGCAUGUUCUGAUCACCAUAUUUGCUAAUUCAGGCUCAAGUCCUGUUUACGCAUUGGGCAUUAUUACGAUCGUGAAAGCAUUCUAUAAACGGAAGAUUAAUGCUAUCGCAGCGAUGUUACUAACGCAGACUACUCAGUUGCUUGGAUAUGGUUGGGCUGGUAUUUUCCGGAAGUUCCUAGUUGAUUCACCAUACAUGUGGUGGCCUUCCAAUUUGGUUCAAGUUUCUCUCUUUAGGGCUUUGCAUGAGGAUGAGAAUAGGCCAAAAGCGGGCCUGACGAGACUGCAGUUCUUCCUUGUGGUCCUUAUAUCAAGCUUCUCAUACUACAUCGUGCCUAACUUUCUGUUUCAAUCCAUAACUGCUCUCUCCUUUGUCUGUUGGAUAUGGAAGGACUCUGUCACAGCACAUCAAAUUGGUUCUGGUCUCCGUGGCCUCGGUAUUGGCUCAUUUGCUCUUGAUUGGGCAACUGUUUCAGCAUUCUUGGGAAGUCCCUUAGCCACCCCUGGAUUUGCUAUCGUGAAUAUCCUGGCUAGUUUUAUUAUAGUUCUCUACAUUAUGAUCCCAAUUGCCUACUGGAACAACUUGUAUGAAGCCAAACGAUUUCCAAUUUACUCUACGCAUGUGUUCAAUGCUGAUGGAGGGUUAUACAAUGUUUCAAUUAUUUUAAACGAGAAAACCUUCCAGUUCAAUCGGCAAGGAUAUGAUGAUUAUAGCAAGAUUAAUUUGAGCAUCGCGUUUGUAUUUGCCUAUGGUCUAAGCUUUGCAACAUUGGCUGCCACAAUAUCUCAUGUUGCACUCUUCCAUGGGAGAACAAUUUGGCGACAAACAAAGGCAUCUGUGCAAGACAAUUUUGGUGAUGUCCACACUAGACUAAUGAAGAAAAACUAUGAUCCUGUCCCUCAGUGGUGGUUUCACUCAAUCUUGAUAGUGGUAAUUGGACUAGCAUUGCUUACCUGUGAAGGGUUUGGCAAACAAUUACAGCUUCCUUAUUGGGGAGUCCUAUUGGCAAUUGCUUUGGCUCUGUUCUUCACCCUUCCAAUUGGUGUGAUUACAGCUACGACAAACCAGCAACCAGGACUAAAUGUCAUCACCGAGCUAAUUAUUGGUUACAUGUAUCCGGGGAAACCACUUGCCAAUGUGGCCUUCAAAACCUAUGGUUACAUAAGCAUGUCACAAGCCAUUACAUUUCUCUCCGAUUUUAAGCUAGGUCACUACAUGAAAAUCCCUCCAAAAUCCAUGUUUGUUGUUCAGGUAAUCGCUAAGCUUCUCUGCCCCCGUUUCAUCUGCUUUCAAUUACCAUUUUUUGAUUGAUCUAACUGAUGUAGAAUGGAAUUGUUUAAGUGACACUAACACUUGACCAUAAUUCUUAAUGAAGUUAGUGGGAACAAUAGUUGCAUCAUCGGUCUAUUUCGGAACAGGUUGGUGGCUCCUGACCACAGUGGAAUACAUAUGCGAUCCAUCUAAAUUGCCUGAAGGAAGCCCGUGGACAUGCCCUGGAGACGAGGUAUUCUACAAUGCAUCAGUGAUAUGGGGUGUUGUUGGCCCUCGCCGCAUGUUUGGUAGCCUUGGCCUAUAUUCCAAGAUGAAUUAUUUCUUUCUGUUUGGGAUUCUUUCACCUUUGCCUAUUUGGUUCCUUUCUCGAAAAUUUCCGGAGCAGAAAUGGAUAAGGCUAAUAAACAUGCCCAUUCUUCUGUCAAGUGCCCCGGGGCCACCAGCCAGGGCCGUAAACUACAUCUCUUGGUUGGCUGUGGGCAUUUUCUUCAACUUGGUCGUGUAUAGGAGGUUUAAGGGUUGGUGGGCAAGGCAUAACUACAUUCUAUCCGCAGGGCUUGAUGCUGGGGUUGCUUUCAUGGCCAUACUUUGCUACUUCACAUUACAGGGACACGAUAUCAACGGACCCGCGUGGUGGGGUAUGGAGUUAGAUGAUCAUUGCCCUUAUGCAAGUUGUCCUACUGCCCCUGGUAUACAUGUUGAAGGGUGUCCGCCCCUGGUUAAAGCUUGAAGACUGUCCUCCUCUCUUCCAUAUAUUGUUAGAUUGUUAUGUACCUUAAUUUUGGUUAAUGUAUGCACAGGACUACCAAGUUCUGUAAUACAACUAAAUUAAAGAUGCACACACCCGAGAAACAAACAUAAAAAUGUUUGGUGUUCCUAUCUAUUCAUCCAACUUGAAAGUUCAAAGAAGAAUAACUCUGC